UUUUGAUCCCAUCAUUUGUAUCAAUUGAUUAAGUACUGUUAUCCACUAGAUAAAAGCCAAGCAAUCAAAGGAGUGAAUUACAGAGAUGGCCAGGGAUGUCGGGAGACAAGUUAGGGCAAAUGGGGGCAGAAAAAGGGAUGAGUCAUUGUUGACUCGAAUGGUUAAUGCUGUCUUUUCUUUUGUGAAAUUUGCAGAAUUUGAGAUACUCUUCUUUUUCUUCUUCCUUAUUGCUUUUAUCAUCUUCAAAGAUCUUACAUCAAGGCCUGAGUACAACCAAAUUCUUGUGAAGAAGCCCGAUGGCAUGGAUUUCUGGGCUUACUAGAAAGCAUUGGGAGGGGUUUCUGCCAAUUUUCUGUUACUUAUAGAAUUUUACAGGGAAAAUGUUGUGUAAUUUCAUAUGAAAAUCAAUAGAAAACAUGUUCCAGGACCCUCGUUCUCCUCAUGUACUGAUGUUGUAGAAUGAAGCAUAUGUAUGAGAUUAUAUGUGAUGCUAUAUAGAAGAAGCUUGGUUCCUUCUUCCUAGGAUAAUACCCAAUGCCAACUGCUAAUUGUGUCCACUGAUUAUGUUUGGAAUAUAGAGAGAUGAUGUAUUUGAAACUGAUCAUGGCUUGUAUAGUUUGAUGACUUUCUGAGAUUUUGAAAAUGGUUCAUUUUUCA